AUGGCUCCUCCAUCAAAUGCAAUUUUGCCCAAUUCAAAUAUGGGCAUGAGUGCAUGCACAAAUUCCACAAUUUCUUCUGGUGGGCCUAUGGUGCAACAGGUAAACUCAGGCUCUGAGGAAGACCCACAUCAAAUCAUUGAUGAGAGGAAGCAGAAAAGAAUGAUUUCCAAUAGAGAAUAUGCAAGGAGGUCCAGAUUGAGGAAACAACAACAUUUGGAUGAACUGAGAAAAGAGGCAUUUCCUCUCAGGGAAGAAAACAAUAGAAGCCUCACAGACUUCAAUUUUAUUUCUCGGAAUUACAAGAAGCUGCAUGAGGAGAAUAUUGUGCUUAAAACCCAUGCAGAUGAAUUAACCCUCAAGAUGCAGUAUUUGAAUAUGGCAAUGCAAUGGGCUGGGGUACUGAAUGGCCUGGAUUUGAGUUCAUCAAAUGGCCUUUUGGAUCCAAUUCCCAUGGAUAACAACAAGUAGUUCUUCCAGCCUUCCAUUUCUGAGCCCUUAACAACCACAUAAAUCUACCGGUAGUUCUUAUUCCAAAUGUUUCUACUUUCAAU